UGCGGGCCGCGGGCGACCCGGAGUUGCGGGCUUUCGUUCCUGGCCGCUCCGGCUCCCUCUGCUCUCUUCCCUCUCCGGGGUUCUUGCCGUCUCCGCACUCUGCCCACCCGCCCCGGGCCGUGGGACCGAAAUUCUUGGUGGUAACCGCGAGAGGAGGGUGCCAGAGAGCCCGGAGAACUGGAGAAAACUGCUCUGAUCUGACUUGACUUCAAGCAGGAGCUGACACCGCAGAGUCAUAACCAGCAUUUACCAAGAUCUCACAGGUUCCGAGAUGACUUGGCUGAGAUUCCCACACACCUGAGUCUGCUGCUGGAGCAGUGGCCUCAUGACCAGGUUGAUAGACAGUACUGCUUGUGUCUAUGACACAGAACUCGGGCUGCCCACACUAAAGCAUGAUGCUUCGGCAGGUGAAUGGCCACAGUUCAGGCUCUGAUGCCCAAGGCAGGGCAUCCCUCAAGGGAGACCUACAGGAGUUCCUGGGUGGGGAGGCCCGACUCCACCAGCUGGAUGACCUCACCAAGGUGAAUCCUGUGACACUGGAAACAGUCCUGAGAUGCCUGCAGGCCCGGUACACAGAGGACAUAUUCUAUACCAAUGCUGGCUGUACCCUAGUAGCUCUGAACCCCUUCAAGCCCAUCCCUCAACUCUACGCAGCAGAGCUGAUGCAGGAGUACCAUGCUGCGCCUCAGCCUCAGACAUUGAAACCCCACAUCUUCACAGUGGGUGAACAGACCUACAGGAAUGUCAAGAGUCUGAUUGAGCCGGUCAACCAGUCCAUUGUGGUCAGUGGAGAGAGUGGAGCCGGAAAGACAUGGACCUCCCGCUGCCUGAUGAAGUUCUAUGCUGUGGUGGCUGCCCCACCUGCUUCCUGUGAGAGCCACAAGAUCGCAGAGAGGAUUGAACAGCGGAUCCUGAACUCUAACCCUGUCAUGGAAGCUUUCGGGAAUGCGUGCACACUGCGGAAUAACAACAGCAGUCGCUUUGGGAAGUUCAUCCAGCUCCAGCUGAACAGAGCCCAGCAGAUGACGGGAGCUGCAGUCCAGACCUACCUCCUAGAGAAAACGCGUGUGGCUCGUCAGGCCUCCAGUGAGAGGAACUUCCACAUCUUCUACCAGAUUUGCAAAGGAGCCACCAAGGAUGAGAGGCUCCAGUGGUACCUCCCCGAGGGGGCUGCCUUCUCCUGGCUACCCAAUCCAGAAAACAGUUUGGAAGAGGAUUGUUUCGAGUUGACCAGAGAGGCCAUGCUCCAUUUGGGCAUCGACACCCCCACCCAGAACAACAUCUUUAAGGUCCUAGCUGGACUCCUGCACCUUGGCAAUGUCCAUUUCGCUGACUCGGAAGAUGAAGCCCAGCCCUGCCAACUGAUGGAUGGAACCAAGGUCUCUGUCAGGACCUCAGCCUCGCUGCUGCAGCUCUCAGAGGACAUGCUGCUGGAGACCAUGCAGAUUCGAACCAUCAAGGCAGGCAAGCAGCAGCAGGUGUUUCGGAAGCCAUGCUCCCGAGCUGAGUGUGACACCCGAAGAGACUGUCUGGCCAAACUGAUCUAUGCACGGCUGUUCGACUGGCUGGUAUCCGUGAUCAACAGCAGCAUCUGUGCAGACUCCAGCUCAUGGACUGCCUUCAUAGGUCUGCUAGACGUGUAUGGGUUUGAGUCAUUCCCUGACAACAGUCUGGAGCAGCUGUGCAUCAACUAUGCCAAUGAGAAGCUGCAGCAGCACUUCGUGGCUCACUACCUGAGGGCGCAGCAGGAGGAAUACGCAGUUGAGGGCCUGGAGUGGUCAUUCGUCAACUACCAGGACAACCAGACCUGUUUAGAUCUGCUCGAGGGGAGCCCCAUCAGCAUCUGCUCCCUCAUAAAUGAGGAAUGCCGCCUUAACCGGCCGAGCAGUGCCGCGCAGCUGCAGACGCGCAUCGAGAGGGCGCUGGCAGGCCAGCCCCGCCUGGGCCAUAGUAAGCUCAGCCGGGAGCCCAGCUUCGUGGUCCUGCACUUCGCAGGACCCGUGCGCUACCACACGGAAGGCCUGGUGGAAAAGAACAAGGACCCUGUUCCCCCUGAGCUGACUGGGCUCCUGCAGCAGUCCCAAGACCCUCUGCUCAUGAUGCUAUUCCCUGCUAACCCUGAAGAGAAGACCCAGGAGGAUUCGUCUGGCCAGAGCAGGGCUCCUGCGUUGACUGUGGUGUCCAAGUUCAAGGCCUCACUGGAACAGCUCCUUCAGGUCCUACAUAGCACAACACCCCACUACAUUCGCUGUAUCAAGCCCAACAGCCAGAAUCAGCCACAGACCUUCCUCCAGGAAGAGGUCCUGAGUCAGUUGGAGGCCUGUGGCCUUGUAGAGACCAUCCACAUCAGUGCUGCUGGCUUUCCCAUCCGGGUCUCUCACCAGAACUUUGUGGAACGUUAUAAAUUGCUGAGAAGGCUCCGACCUCACACGUCCUCUGGCCUCUGGGGCCUGUGUUCUGCCAAAGGGCCCACCGAGCAGCCUCUAUGUGCCAAGGAGGCCACACUGCAGCCUCUACUACAGGACAUUCUCCAUGCUCUGCCAGCUUUAAUUGAGACAGCGCGCACUCCGGGUGACCCAGCCGAGACCACACAAGUCCCACUGUACUGUGGCAGGACAAAGAUCUUCAUGACUGACUCCAUGCUAGAGCUUCUGGAAUGUGGGCGUGCCCAGAUGCUGGAGCAGUGUGCCCGCUGCAUCCAGUGUGGCUGGAGGCGACACCGACUCCAAAAGCAGGAGAAACAGAGGCGGGCCGCGGUGCUCCUUCAGGCAGCUGUUCGGUCCUGGCUAACCCGGAAGCACAUCAGAAGGCUACACACGGCCGCCACGGUCAUCAAGCGUGCAUGGCAUAGGUGGAGAAUCAGAAUGGCCUGUCUUGCCUCUAAAGAACUGGAUGGUAUGGAGGAGAAACCCAUGCCUCAAGCUCCCAGCUCCCUGAGCUCCUCGCUGCCCGCAGCACAUACUAAACUACUGGGGGCAAUAAUCCACCUCUGGCCCCUGGGACUGGUGCUCGCCAACUCAGCUGUGGGUGUGCGAGGCUUUCAGAGGAAACUGGUGGCCCAUGCCUGCCUCCGGCUUCCCACGGGCAGCCCCAGCAACAAGUUCCAGACCCCACAACAAGAUGAGGCUGGUAUUACGUCCAUCAGAGCACUGCCUCGGGGCUCGAUAAAGUUUCACUGCAGGAAGUCUCCACUUCAGUACGCUGACAUCUGCCCUGAACCUUCAGACUCUAGUGUUACUGGUUUUAAUCAGAUUCUGCUAGAAAGACACAGGCCAGUCCAAGUGUGACUCUUCUGCCCCCACCUGCCUACGUGAUCUUUAGUGCCUUUGUUCCACGAGGCCUUUUCCUGCCAGCUGCCUUGCCAAAGACAUCUGAUCAAUUGCCAAGCUAUUCCCACAGGACUCCACUGCACGUGCAAGCAGCAGCAGUUCCCGUCUGUGAGCCAGGGCUUCUGGUCAGAGUGCCAGCCAGCCAGGACUGUGGCCUCAGCACUGGCAGGAACUGGGGGUGCUAGUUACCAAGCCAGGAUUAGGGCCACUACGUCCCAGCUUACUGUCUUCAGGUUCAGCAGAUGUGACUGUCAGUCCAGAAUGUUGUCCCUACAGCAGGAUACAUACUGGGUCAUCCACAAGCACUUUAAAAGGGCCAAAUCACCAUGAAAUUGGCUCUAGAAUUUUGGCUCGGGAAAAACUUACAUAUAUAGUUCAUUAAGGAACAAUACUAUUUAAUAAAUUGAUUUAUUUAAUGUUACCAAGAACAAUGAACAAUACAGUGUACAACAGAAUCACAUCUUAAAUUUAUUCAGUAACACUAUCAAUUUUUAAUUCAAAUGGAUAAACUUGGUAUUUAAGAUUUACAUCUGAACUGUACCAGAAAUAAAUUUAAAACUACCACA